CUACUUCAUCGCCAACAAACAAAAAACAAUCUUUCUCGGGCCGCAAACAAUGUAAACAGAAAAAAUAGUAAUUAAUUAAUUAAUUAGCAUAACGCAAGGAACAAAACAAGCAGCAAAAUAUAAAGUCAACUUAAUCAAUCAGUGGCCCGACAUUGGGAAAGUCAAUUGGAGUGCAGUUUUAGUUCUGAGUGCAGUGCAUAUUGCAGUUUAUUAAAGCGAUGAAAAAACUGGCAAUUACAUAAAAACUAACAUUUCGAAAGGCAGUAAAAAACGCAGCAACAAGUGCAGGCCAGUGGCGGCUCACAGGAGAAGAGAAGCGAAAAAAAAAAUGACUGAAAGAGAAAAACUUAUUUACGCAUCAAGCAGUGGAUUGGCCAAUCGAAGUUGCAGGUUGCAAUAAUGUCAAUGGCGAAAAAUUGCAGCGAAUGCAGUUGCAAUGAAAAGAAUGCAAAGACAGCAGCAGGAGUUAAACAAUUGCUACGCAAAAGAACAAAGAACUACCUAAGGCAACAACAGUAAUCACAACAAGAAGAGGAAGAAAAUCGACAAUAUCAGCGACGCAUAAUUUCCUGCUCACAAACACACACGCACAUAAGCACACAAAGAGCCAAAAGCUGUGUCUGUGUGUGCUCGUGUGGAGAGGCACAGCAGAGAGGAGGAGAGCCGGCCAACAAAGAAUAUCGUUUCGGUGGAGGGAAACGAACGAGAGCGGGACAGAGAGUGAGCUGCUGCAUUUCUUGAUUUUUACAAAUCGCAAGGCAUAAAAUGACCAAUUCUGGACGCAAUCCUCAUCGAUUCGAUCAAACAUUCCUAGGCGCCACCCAACUGGACGAUGAGCUAAUCAAACAACUGCCAAAGGAGGUACUGCUGCGGGUCUUCUCCUAUCUGGAUGUGGUCUCGCUAUGCCGCUGUGCACAGGUGUGCAAAUACUGGAAUGUGCUCGCCCUGGACGGUUCCAGUUGGCAAAAAAUCAAUUUAUUUGAUUUUCAGCGUGAUAUCGAGGGACCGGUAAUUGAGAAUAUUUCGCAACGAUGUCGCGGUUUUCUCAAGUCCCUGUCGCUGCGUGGCUGUCAAUCGUUGGGAGAUCAGUCUGUAAGAACUCUAGCGAAUCACUGCCACAACAUCGAACAUCUGGAUCUGUCCGAGUGCAAGAAGAUAACGGAUAUAUCAACACAGUCCAUCAGCAGAUAUAGCGCCAAACUAACGGCCAUCAAUUUGGACUCCUGCCCCAACAUAACAGAUAAUAGCCUCAAAUAUCUAUCCGAUGGCUGCCCGAACCUAAUGGAGAUCAAUGUGUCGUGGUGUCAUCUGAUUUCUGAGAAUGGCGUGGAGGCGCUGGCCCGCGGCUGCGUUAAGCUGCGCAAAUUCAGCAGCAAAGGUUGUAAACAGAUCAACGACAAUGCCAUAAUGUGCCUGGCCAAAUACUGUCCCGAUAUAAUGGUGCUAAAUGUACACAGCUGUGAGACCAUAAGCGAUUUAUCUAUACGCCAAUUGGCCGCCAAGUGUCCCAAACUGCAAAAACUGUGCGUGUCCAAGUGUGCGGAUUUAACUGAUCUCUCGCUGAUGGCCCUGUCGCAGCACAAUCACCUGCUGAACACGCUGGAGGUGUCCGGGUGUCGCAACUUCACGGACAUUGGGUUUCAGGCCCUGGGACGCAGCUGCAAGUAUCUGGAGCGCAUGGAUCUGGAGGAGUGCAAUCAAAUCACGGACCUAACGCUAGCCCAUCUUGCCACGGGCUGUCCCGGCCUAGAGAAAUUGACCCUGUCGCACUGCGAACUGAUCACGGACGAUGGCAUACGACACCUGACCACUGGCAGCUGUGCCGCCGAGAUAUUGUCCGUUCUGGAGCUGGACAACUGUCCGCUGAUAACGGACCGAACGCUGGAGCAUUUGGUUUCGUGCCACAAUCUACAGCGCAUCGAACUAUUUGACUGUCAGCUCAUUACACGCACCGCCAUACGCAAGCUGAAGAACCAUUUACCAAAUAUCAAGGUGCAUGCAUACUUUGCUCCGGGCACACCGCCGGCGGUGACCAGCGGACAACGGCUGCGCUACUGUCGCUGCUGUGAGAUUCUCUGAGAUACGGCCAUCGGCUUUGCCGGGAAGAUAAUGCGCAAGGCAGCCACAGACUGAUGUUGGCCUGUUUGCAUCGUUAUGUUCGCCAUGGUGUUCAGCCUGACCCUCAUCUCGAUGAUCUGCAUGUUUUUGCUGGGACUGCUCGAUGGCGUUAAGAACACGUAACCGGAAACGUAACUGGAACCGGAACCACAACCAUAACCAGCAGCACCGGCUAGCUCCGAACGAAGCGGAAAUGAAACGAAAAGUAGCUUUAGAUUUUAUUUUUUUGUUUGCGAGUUUCCAAAACUUGCUCCAGCAUCAAAAAUUGUGAUUAUUCUAUAA